UUUUUUUUUUUUCUGCGUCGCGGUGUCCUUCGUUGCGACCUAUAAAAUAAACCUCACACUGGAUUGUAAAAUUACGAAUACUUGGACCAAAAGGCAUUUUUGCUACGAAACUAUUUGUCACCCACAAAAAUUACGAGGCACCAUACAGGAUGAAUUCAAUACGACAGAUGCCGUCGCGGGUGAAAAGCAAAAGGACGGAAACGAUUCUUGGAGCCGAGAGAGAGCAUUUCGAAAAACAGCAGCUCAGCAGUAUCAGUAAGGCCAUCAACUCCACAGAGACACCCCUGAAGGAAAAACAUGCACGCAGAAUUAUUUUGGGAACGCACAGAGAGAAGGGGGCUUACACCUUCUGGUCAUAUGCUAUCGGCCUGCCAUUACCAAGCAGUGCCAUCCUCAGCUGGAAGUUUUGCCAUGUAUUGCACAAAAUCCUUCGAGAUGGCCACCGCAAUAGCUUACAAGACUGCAUGAGACACUACAGCAAUAUUGCCGAGACGGGGUUACUAUGGAAUAACAUUCGAGACAGGCAUGGAUAUGGACAGCUGGUUUCUCUACAUGCCAAACUCCUCUGCACUAAAAUGGAGUUCCACACUAAGCAUUCUGAAAUCCCAGCCAGUCUAGAGGCCUCAGAUGAAGUCCUGGAGCACACAGCAGGAACAGACAUCAACAAUGUGUUCCAGCUCACAGUGGAAGUGUUUGAUUACAUGGACGUAGAGCUUCGAUUAGCAGAAGCAGUUCUCCGCCAGCUCAAUAUGUCCAUUGCCAUCUCCACAUUGACGUCAGGCCAGUGUAAACUAGCACCGCUUAUCCAGGUCAUCCAGGACUGCAGUCACCUGUACCACUACACCGUCAAACUGCUCUUCAAACUGCAUGCCUGUUUACCAGCAGACACACUCCAGGGACACCGUGAACGCUUCCAUGAUCAGUUCCACAGCCUCAAAACAUUCCUAAAUAAAGCACGAGACAUGUUAUACUUUAAGAGGCUCAUUCAGAUCCCAAGACUACCUGAUUCUCCACCCAACUUCUUCCGGGCCUCUGCCCUGGCUGAGCAUGUGAAGCCCAUGGUUGUCAUUCCGGAUGAGGAGGAUGCUGAGGAACAGGAAGAGGAUGAGCCUGAGCCUUUGAUAGAUGUUAGCGAAGCACUGCCUAGCAUGGCCUCUCAGCCAUCGGCUGACAUAUUUGAUCAGGCAUUUGGACCACCUAAUGAUGGAUUUGAUGAGAGGGACCUCCAAAUCGAACGUCUGAAGCAAGAAAUUGAAUUGCUUCAGACUGAGCUUGAGAAAAUCAAAGGAGAGGCUCAGUGUUAUAUUACACAGCUUAAAUCUCAGAUCAACAGUCUUGAGGCCGAGCUGGAGGAGCAGCGUGUACUGAAACAGCGCACCCUGGUUGAGAACGAGCAGCUGCGCAUGGAGCUUGAGGCCAUCCGCCUCCACAGCACCGAGCAAGAAAGCAUGCAGGCCACCUUUGUUGAGGCAGAGAAAAAAGCGCAAGCAACAGAGUUGCGUUAUAAUAAGCUGAAGGAGAAGCACUCUGAACUGGUGGCCAACCAUGCUGAACUCCUCCGAAAGAGUGCAGACACAGUAAAGAUGCUGUCAGCCACACAGCAGACUCAAGACGAAGUUGAAAGAACCAAGCAGCAGUUAGCCUUUGAGAUAGACAGGGUCAAACAAGAAUCAGAUAUGAAGUUGGAGGAGCAGAAGUUUGAUAUGGAUAAUCUGAGAAGAGAACUUGAAGAGAAGAAUGCAGAGAUCCAAAUAGUCAAAGGUUCAUUACAGAUGUCUGAGAAGACAGGAGUGCAGCUAAACAGCUCUAUGACUGCACUGCAGGCAGAGAAGGAGAGACUCAUGCACUCCGUGAGUGAGAAGGAUGCAGAGCUCUCGUUCCUGAAGCAGGCAGCUCAGCUGAAAGAGUCUUCACUCCUGCACGAGAGAGACAGGAGCAUCAAAGAACUGGGAGAACUACAGGGAAAACUCAAAGAGAAGUUAAGUCGUGAAGAGCAGCUGCAGCAGAAGUUAUUGGAGGAGCAGUUUGUUCUGCUGCAGGCGACUGUUACUGAGGCAGAGAACAUCAUUCAGGAUGCUGUCGCUAAACUAGACGAUCCACUGCACAUCCGCUGCACCAGCUCACCAGAUUACCUCAUCAGCCGAGCAGAGGCCACGCUGGGCUCCAUUGAUAAAGUGCAGACUGGCUACUCUGAGUUUGUGAAGAAUAUGGGGGAUGCUGGUGGUCUGGUUAGGGCUCUCGCUCAGUUCUCUCAUCUUGCUGCUGACACAAUAAUCAAUGGAAGUGCAACGGCACACAUGGCUCCCACUGACCAUGCUGACCGUUUGACGGAGAACUGUAAGGCUUGUGGCACCCAGAGUCUGCAGUUUCUUACAGUUCUUAAAUCAAAGGUGUCUUUAAAGAAGGCUGAUCCUGCUUCCAUUCGAGCAGCAGUGCAGAAGAUCCUCAGAAUAGGACAGGAUCUGAGGCCGAAGGGUAUGGAUGUUGGAAAGGAAGAGUUAGGUGACAUGGUGGAUAAAGAAAUGGCUGCCACCUCUGCUGCUAUUGAGGAAGCGGUUAGAAGAAUAGAUGAAAUGAUGAAUCAAGCCAGGAGAGACACAACAGGAGUCAAACUGGAGGUCAACGAGAGAAUCCUGAAUAGCUGCACUGACCUUAUGAAGGCCAUUCGUCUUCUAGUGUUGGCAUCCACAGAUCUACAGAAGGAGAUUGUGGAGGGUGGAAGGGGUGCAGCCACAAUAAAGGAGUUCUAUGCUCGCAACUCUCGCUGGACAGAGGGUCUAAUUUCUGCUUCUAAAGCAGUGGGAUGGGGUGCAACACAGAUGGUUGAUUCUGCUGAUAAAGUGGUGUUGCAGACUGGGAAGUAUGAGGAACUGAUCGUCUGCUCUCAUGAGAUCGCUGCUAGCACUGCACAGCUUGUCGCAGCCUCCAAGGUCAAAGCAGAUCGUGGCAGUAAGAAGCUAAGUAGUCUUCAGCAGGCCUCACGACAUGUUAAUGAUAUGGCUGCUAGUGUGGUGGCGUCCACCAAGACCGGACUGGAGCAGAUCGAGGAUAAAGACACUAUGGACUUCUCUGGCAUGUCUUUGAUCAAGUUAAAAAAAGAAGAAAUGGAGUCACAGGUGAAGGUUCUUGAGCUGGAGAGCAUGUUGGAUAAUGAGCGUCUGCGUUUGGGUGAGCUCAGGAAGAAACACUAUGAGAUUGUAGGAGUUCCUCUGGAGCUGCUUGUGCAGGAAAAUGGCCUACAGACCCCGUCACAUGUGAACGCUGCCCCCUCCUCUCCAAAACCAUCAAAACCCUCUCUCAUGAAGAAACCAGUCCUUGCACAAAAACCCAACAUCCCACCCAAAAGCAUGUUGAGGUGAGCACAUCUGAAUGAAGAUAUUUGAAGACUAUGUGUGUCUGGAAAUCAACAUGCAUUGAAAACAAUCUACAAUUCUAGCCACCUAUCUGCUUUUAUGACAGUGUUCUGACAUAUAUUCCAUGUCAGACUUUUUCUCCAUUUGAGGGUUACUUGUGCCUUAGAGGCUACACAUUCUAUUUAUACUAGAUAUUGAGCUAUAGUAUUGGGUGCUGAUCAUUUACAUGCAAUUCCAAACUAUUUUGUUGUAAAUGAUAACAUGUAGAAUGUAAUAGGGCAAAAACAUGAAUACUGACUUCUGAUCACAGAUGACAUUGUUGCAAUGCAUUUUUAACAAUAUUUUAUGUUUGAUUCUUAUAAAAUGUUUAAAGCAUCUUAAUUUUAUGAUAAAUAUAAGAGUAUUACCAUGGUAGAAAAUAAUUCUGCAAUGAUGUGCAUAUCUACUGAGAACUGUAUAUGUUGAACCUUUUUCUUUAAAUUAGGAUCUUAUUAAAAUGUCUAUCAUUUUUCUCUCCCUCUUUCUUAAUGAAAUGUCUUUACACAUCCAUAUCUAUAUAUUUUAGCCAUGUUUGACUGUCUCUUGACUGUUUGAAUAAAACAAAAGCUAUUGACUUGUCAUUAUGUGAUUCCGUUGUUGCCAAAUGAAUGAGA